GUUUCUGAUAAGAAAUCGCACGACGUUUCAGUUUUUAAUCAAAUUUAAAGUUUUUUUUAUUUAAUUUCACAGAAUAUGUUGAGCCGUAGUUUCAAUUUAAUGCUUAAAAAAGCAUGGAUAAGUCAUGUUAAGAUGAUAAUGCCAGAAAACUACGAUCCAAUUCCAAUUUAUCGUGUUAUGGAUCCCGAAGGAAAUAUUUUACAUGAAAGUCAAGAUCCUAAGCUGAAUAAAGAUACAAUUCAUAAAUGUUUUCGUGACAUGGUAUUAUUAAAUGCACUUGACAAGAUUUUAUAUGAGAGUCAACGUCAAGGAAGAAUUUCAUUUUAUAUGACAAACUUUGGAGAGGAAGCGUCACACAUUGGAUCAGCUUGCGCAUUGAGCUCUGAGGAUCUCGUAUAUGCACAAUAUCGUGAAGCUGGUGUUCUUCUAUGGAGAGGCUUCACAAUUUCUCAGUUUAUUGACCAAUGUUAUGGAAAUUAUGACGACGAUGGUAAAGGAAAACAAAUGCCGGUACAUUAUGGAUCAAAAAAACUUAACUUUAUGACAAUUUCCAGUCCACUAUCAACACAAAUACCACAAGCUGUUGGAUCUGCGUAUGUUUUUAAAAGAAGAGCAAACAAUAAUCGUUGUGUUAUUGUUUAUUUUGGUGAUGGUGCUGCAAGUGAAGGUGACACUCAUGCUGCGAUGAAUUUUGCAGCAACACUUGAAUGUCCUGUAAUUUUUUUCUGCCGUAAUAAUGGUUACGCAAUUUCAACACCAGUUAAGGAACAAUAUCGAGGUGAUGGGAUAUCAAGUAGAGGGAAUGGAUAUGGAAUGGCUGCUUUACGAUGUGACGGAACUGAUUUAUUAGCAGUAUACAAUGCAACCAAAGUAGCUCGAGAAUAUUGUUUGAAAAACAACAAGCCCAUAAUUCUUGAAGCAAUGCAAUAUCGUUUAGGACAUCAUUCAACAUCUGAUGAUUCUAGUGCAUAUAGACCAGCUGAAGAGUUGGAAAUUUGGAAUACUGUUGAACAUCCAAUUAAUAAACUCAAGAAUUACAUGUUAAAGAAAGGAUGGUUUGAUGAAAUAGCUGAGAAUGAUUACGUGAAAGAUAUUCGUAAGAAAAUUAUGAUUCAAAAUCAACAGGCGGAGAAGAAGCAAAAAUAUGAUUGGCGUGAAAUGUUCACCGACGUUUACGAUGACGUCCCAGAUAAUUUACAGAAGCAAAUGAAACAAAUGGAAGAUCAUUUAAAAAAACAUAAAAAUGAAUAUCCAUUACAAAACUUCAAACAAUCAUAG